UUCCAUGUCCCAUAGGCUACAAAUAAAUCGAGUUGUUCAUGAGCAGCUCGAGCAAAUGACCCGAGCUCGAAUAGAAUUUCAGCCGAGCUUGAGCUAGCCGUGGCUCAGCUCGUGCAGAUAAGCUCGGUUCGUACAUAUGGCCUGGACUCGUUUAUAGAGGCUUGUUUAGUAGUAGAACCGAGCUUGAGUUCUCCAAUAUGCUAUUGGGGAACUCUGUAAGGGUCGAAUCUUGGUUCUACCAGACAUUGAUUCUUAUUCCCGAACACUUCGCUGAGGAACAAAGCUUCACAUUUUUUUUCUUCAAAGCAACAAUCCACUCACUCUGUCCUGCUGCCUCUCUCGGGGAAAAGCAAUCCCAGCUAUUAGAAUGGGAAAGGCUUGUUGCUUUUGAGUUGUUUGCACAGGGGGGUGCUGGGAAUAAGGGUAAUGAAAUUCGAAAUGACUAGUGGAUACUGUCAUUGCACAAGCAGCAGAAGAUUGGGGAACGAAUCUGUGGGGCUGUCACCUUCUUUGGCUGGGUGUGUUGACUUUUACGGCAGCAAGAGCAAAAUCAUUACAAUAGGGAGAUUUCCUUAGAAAAAAUACAUAGAAUAGUUUGAUUUGACUAUUUGGGCUCAAGUUCAAUCAAUUCUAAAGGAGCAGAGCUCGAAUGCACUAAAAGCUUGUUUGGCUUGGCUAGUGUGCACCCUUAUGCAUGUGUACGUAUCGAGUUUGGGUGCAUAUGUAAAGAUUGGGAAGGUCAAACCUAGAUAUAGACGAUAAAUAGAUACCGGACCGAAGAUAUACUAAGUAGUUUUCUACUAUAUUACCAUAUAUAAACAUACGUUACAAAGUUGGCCAAAAACUUUUUUUGCUAUGAAAUUUGUCAGACCAAAACCAUCAAAAACCAAGUUAAGGCUCCAAAGUCCGUACCCUUUAAUAAGUUUCCACACACACAACCCUUAUCGGACUUCUUACUUGACGCUAGCCCCAAAAAGUAGUAAAUCGCAACAUUUAAUGCACAUCAUAACUAUAAGAUGCAGUAGAUAUAAUGUAGAUCGAAAGACGAACCUCCGCGAAUAAAUAAUAGAAUAGGACAGGAUUUUCUCCAAAUUUCGAUGAAUCAUAUAAUUUAGCAUGCCGUAGUUGACUUGGAUGUAUUUGCAUAUCUUGCACAGAACAUAAAGCCAACAGAGUCUACUUUAGUCGCAAAAAGUGACGGAAAGUAUUGCUAAAGCCCAAAAAAUCACCAUUUUGCAGUAGUAAAAUAAUAUUGUUUGGGAUUCAGAAUUCAAAUAUCUUUGUUAGUCAAAAGUACUUGGGAAGAAACUUUAGAUCCAACCCAAACGCUCGAGCUAUUCAUUGGAGAAGUUCCAACAUUACAUUAAGUGAUAGCCAAUCUAUAUCCAACCAAUAUAGAACUUAUAAGAUUAUAUCACCUAGCGCACUCCAUGUGCAACCGCUUUUGAGGUCUCUCUUUUUGGGUCUAUCAUCGUGCAGCCUUUUUGUUGGGUUUGUCAUCGGGGGUAGAUUGUUCAUAUUUAAAUGUGGGAUGGCAUGGGUUAUGCUCUAGUUCCAUGAUGAAACUGUAGAUCCAACCCAAAAGCUUAAGCUAUUUGGUGAAGAGAUUCCAACAUUAAAUUGAGUGAUCACCCAUUCCAUAACUCAACUAAUGUGGGACUUUUAUCAUCAAAUAAGACAUUUUCCCACAUCGUAAAUGGCUUUUACUUCAUGAAUUAUGUAAAUUUUUUUUAUGUUUCAACAUUUGUUUUUGCCAGUUUCUAAAACACGUAACCCCUAAGCCACCUUUGUCGUAUCCAUUUCACUUGCCCUCGGCACACCAAAAUGAUAGUAGAUUAGUAGUAUGGCAAUACAAGUAGAAUCCUACAUUUGCACCCAUGAAAGCAAGCAAUGAUAUCAUAUUUAGUGUCAUUCACCCAAGUCAACAAAAACAAAUUCAUCUUUCAUCAACUAACACCCAAUAAUGUCUUCCAUAGAAAAGAACAGUGUUCUAAAAGAAGGAUUUAAUCGCCGAUUAAUCGGAAAUUUGGCCUAACCGAUUAGAUUAAUGCCUCGAAGGUUGAAUUAGUAGGUCAGGAGGUUAAUCGGAGUUAGUCGGCGAUUAACCGGCGAUUAGUCAGUCGGCGUCUAGCGGCGAUAAGUCGAUUAAUCAGUUAAUGGGCGAUUAGUUGGCUAUCGGCGAUUAAUAAGGGUAAAAUCUAUAAUUUUGAAAAAUCAAGGGGUGUAACUAUUAUAUACUCAUACCAUUUUAAGGGUUUUGAAUCACAGUAUUUAGGGCUUGUUCAACACCCAGUCAUCGAUUGAUCGAUCUCGGAGUCACCUGUCAUAUCUCUGUGUAAAACACGAGAUUUCCGAGCCGCCUAUCGCCUCUCUCUCUCUCAAAUUCGAGAUCUCCUCUCACUCCACGUCUCCACCGACCUCGAACAUUAGUGUUUUUUUUUUAAAAGCCCAUACCCAUAUUGACACGUUAGUGAUUCUGGAAACAAAGUGUAGUAAUAUUUUUUAUUAAAUCUUAACACGAAGUGUAGUAUUGUUUGGUGUAUAUAAAUAAAGUUAUUAUAAUUGGUAAGUGACUAAUAAAUGAACGGCCUAUACCUAGUACCAGUUGGUGUUAUAAUCAUGUUAACAGUUUUCUGUAAAGGAGAGAUUUCUAUGUCAUAUUUGAAAAACAAUUGAUGUUGUUGGAUUGAUAGAUGAAUGUUCAAUUUUUUAUGAGAGUUGUCAUUGGGGAGUAUUUAUAAAUAAAUAAAUAAAAACCCGACUAAUUGCUACAAGGCGAUUAAUCGGCGAUUAAUAGGUCUCGAAGCUCGAAGGUGGUCGACCGAGCGACGAACGCCGAGCGACUUUUAGAACAUUGGAAAAGAAGCCUUUCGCUAAAUAUGCAAAUAUAUUCCGUCCACUCCAGUGAUUAAAAAAUCGUGCCUAGGCGAGGCGAGCGAUGAGGCGAGGCUGAGUCGCCUCACAGUGGUGAGGCAAGGUGAGAAUGGAAGAGGCGGUCGCCUAGUUGGUGAAUUCUCGCCUAGCCGCGAGGCGUGAGGCGAUGAAAAAAGGUCGCCUAGGCGAGGCUGGGUCACAAACAAAAUAGAAGGGCAAAAUACGACUUUUACCUAGCCACACCUCAUCAGAUCGAAGCCGCCUCUCACUCCUGGGCGAUCCGAAGCCCUCUCUCGGUCUCUCCUCUGCGAUCGACAUCAACAUCGAAACCCUCUUUCUCGACUCUUCACUCCGGUAAGCUCUCUGCUCUCAGUCUCUCACUCUCUCUGAUGCUGAUCGAUUCUUUGCUCUCUGUCUCUCUCUCUCUCUGAUCGAUCGAGUGACCCACACUCUGCUCUCUCUCUCUCUCUCUCUCUCUCUCUGCUGUUCGAGUCUUACCCAGAGGUCCCAGACACAAAUUUUUUUUUUUUUAAUCCUGUCGGUCAGACUUCAGAAGUUCAGAGUCUCACACAGAGUCACGACUCGCACUCACACAGAGUCACGACUCGCACUCACACAGUCACACGUACACACUACAGUGACUAAUAACCCACAAGUUUGUGAAUUAUGUUUCUGCAUUUUGUGACUACACAGUAAUAAGUAAUAACUCUACAGUUUCUACAUUUUGUGAAUUAUGUUUUAUCUCCUUUGUUUGUAUAGAUAUUGUAGAUGUCGAAUAGAACCGAUCCUGCUUGGAAGUAUUCAAAGAGACAUGAUGAUAAUAAGUUCAAAUUCACAUGUAAUUUUUGUAACAAAGUGGUUACUGGGAGUGUUUACCGAGUGAAGCUACAUCUUGCUGGAGGAUAUACCCUGAUGUGACUUCAUGUCCUAAUUGCCCAGAACCAGUUAAAGAGGAGAUUAGGGCAUUUAUUCUAGUAAGAAAAAGGAGACGGCGUCUAGCAUAACUCCUCUUCCAGAUUUUGAUGAAAUGGGCAAUGAGGAGGACAUUGAUGAGGAUGAGUUUUAUGUACAAUCGAAGCCCCCUCCUAAGAGGCCUGCUGCCACUGCUACCUCCGGCUCCAAGUUCCAACUUAAGAAGCCCAAAUCCAAAGGGCCUAUGGAUGCUUACUUCACCCCUGACCCAGAGAUCGAGGUAGAGAAUAGGAGAAGUGGUAAACAACCUAAAGUUGACUAUAAUACGCCGCAAAAGAAGUUAUUGAAAGAGCGGGCUCAUCAAGCUAUUGCAAGGUGGAUUUACGAUGCUGGAAUACCUCUCAAUGUUGUCAAUGUGGAGUCCUUUGAAUCGAUGAUUGAGGCUAUUGGGCAAUAUGGCCCUGGUUUAACACCGCCGACUUAUUAUCAAGUGCGUGUCCCUCUUCUUAAAAAAGAGGUGGAAAAUGUGAACAAACAAAUGGAGGACCACAAGAAGGAGAGAGAGGAAAAUGGAUGCACUCUUAUGUCUGAUGGAUGGACGGAUCGAAAGAAUAGGUCAUUGAUAAAUUUUUUGGUUAACUGUCCUAAAGGUAGCAUGUUUAUUGAAUCGGUUGAUGCAUCGAGUCGUUCCACAACUGGGGACAGCAUGUAUAGGUUGCUUGACGAGUAUGUGGAGCGAAUCGGAGAAGCUAAUGUGGUCCAAGUUGUCACGGAUAGUGCCGCAUACAAUAAGAUGGCAGUUGUUAAUGGCAAAAAGACCACAUUUGUAUUGGACUCCAUGUGCUGCCCAUUGUUUGGAUUUAAUGUUAGAAGACAUUUUCAAGUUGCCAUAUUUGAAGACGACAUGGGAAAGGGCGAUCAAGGUACACGGUUAUAUCUAUAACCGUCCGACAUUGUUGAACAUGAUGAGACACUUUACCCAAAGAAAAGAGUUGAUUAAGCCAGCAAAGACUCGUUUUGCAACAACUUGUUUGACUUUACAAAGGGUUCAUCAACAAAAGAAUAACCUAAGAAAGAUGUUCACAUCAGGGGCUUGGAGUAAAAGCAAGUGGGCAAAGGAGGCGGAUUGUAAAAAGGUAGCAGAAAUAAUGUUGUCGCCAUCAUUUUGGAACAAUGUCUUGCUGGCCCUAAGAUUUGCAUGUCCUCUUGUUAAAGUACUUCGUUUGGUUGAUGGUGAAGAAAAACCCGCAAUGGGAUACAUCUACGAGGCCAUGGAUAGGGCCAAAGAAACUAUUAUAAACACGUUUGGCGGAGACGAAGACAAGUAUAAAACUGUGUUUGAAAUCAUUGAUGCGAGGUGGGAAGUGCAAUUGCAUCAACCUUUGCAUGCAGCAGGCUACUAUUUGAACCCUGCAUUUUUUUACAAGGAUGGUGCAAGGAUGAAAGCUGAUAAAGAGGUAAGGAAGGGUUUGGUGGAUUGUAUUGAAAGGCUGGUACCAACUGAGAGGAUGCAAGAUGAAAUUCUUUAUCAGAUAGCAUUAUAUGAGGAGGAGGAGGGAAUCUUCAAAAAGGACAUGGCAAUUAGGCAAAGAGUUACAAGGUCACCAGUUGAGUGGUGGAAGUUAUUUGAUCGUGAAACUCCUGAAUUGCAAAAAUUUGCCGUCAAGAUCCUUAGCCUUACUUGCAGUUCAUCCGGAUGCGAGAGAAAUUGGAGUGUGUUCGAACAUCUUCACACCAAAAAAAGAAAUAAGCUAGAUCAAAAGCGCCUCAACGACUUGGUGUUUGUUAAGUACAAUAGAGCAUUGAGGCGUCGAUAUAUGAACCGCGGUAAAUUUGACCCGAUUUCCUUGAAGAACAUUGAUGAGAGCAAUGAAUGGUUGAUUGAAAAAUUGGAGGAUGAGCUUGUAUUUGAAGGUGAAGAUUUGGAUUGGAAUGUUGUUGCGGAGGCUAGUGGGGUAGAACAACCUAGCAAAGUAACUAGGUCAACUCAUAAACCAACAAGUUCAAAGAAGCGUUCAAAAGCAUCAAGUUUUUGUGCAGAUGAUUGGGAAGAAGAAGAAUUUGAUGACACUGUUUCAGAUGAAGGAGAAGAGGAAGAUGUGGAUGGAUAUCGGUCAAAUGAUGAUGAAGAAGAUGAAGAUAUUGGUGAUGAGUGAUGAAAGGAUGACUGAUGAUGUCUUGUUUGGAAUAUCUGGAUUGUUAGUUUGUUACAUUUUAUGAACGUAUUUUACUAGUAAUUCGUAAGUUGGAAUGUUGGAUUGUUGGUUAUUAUGCAAUAUGGUGAUGUUUGUUCUUGUUUUGAUGGUAGGAGUGAAUAUUGGUCGUUUAUAUAGUUUCUAUUACUUUUUUUUUAAAACGCUCGCCUCGCUUCAAUGAGGCGCUCGCCUCGCCUCGCUCCGAUGAGGGCUUUGUCGCCUCGCGUACUUAAAUCACCGGUCCACUCUAAUUGGACAUUUCAUCUUCUGAACCCCAACCACUAAAGAAAAUCCAUCGAAUGCAUCGACAUUCCACAAUCUAUUUAAUGGAAAGGAAGAGCAUUACGAUCAUUGGACAUCCCAAAAAGGCAAAAAAGUUAUAGGGUUAUGUUUGUCUCUAACUCAAUGCAAAUGUACAAGCCUCCAUAAACUUAACUUCUCCAAACUCCUA